CAAUAGUCAGUUAACAGCGCAUUAGGUAACGGUUUAAACGGAAUGUUGGUGUGGUACAGUGUUGUUAUCUAUAUAUAUACUCGAAGAUGGCAGAAGUUGAGUUUAGUUGGAUAUCUUUAUAUAAGCUCAAAAUGUUAGCUUCUUCAGAAGAUGAUGAACAAUAUCUUAAUGUCCAAGCUGAUAACUUGACUCCUACCAUUUUUCACAACAUGAAUUCCAAUUAUUCAUGUAUUAGUGAUUUCGAAGACUUUUCUCAUUUUUAUGAUGAUAAUCAGCAGCCUAAUCAUUAUCAGGUUGUUGCUAAUGUGCUUACUACUGCCGUAGCAGAAAAGAAGAAGAAAACUACGUUCCUUCCUAAGGAUAAGAAAAUGAGACAAAGAAAUCGGAGGAAUGAUAUUAAGGGAGAAAAUAUGGUCGACAAGAUGAAGAAGAAUGAAAAUAUUAACAAGUGUGUAGAAAAAAUGACAGUAAACGAUGAAGCUGGGAGAAGAGAUGAUGAAUAUGUGUAUCUAAGGGCGAAGAGGGGUCAAACUAUAAACAGUCAUAGUCUUGCUGAAAGGGUAAGAAGACAGAGAAUUAGUGACAAGAUGAAGGUAUUGCAAUCUCUUGUUCCUGGUUGUGAGAAGAUGACAGGGAAGGUUCUUAUACUAGACAACAUAAUAAACUAUGUCCACUCGCUUCAAGAUCAUGUUAAGACCCUAAUGGAAGAGCUCGCUUUAAUUGAUCCAACAUUUAACCUCAAUUAUCUUGCACAACGACCUAUUGCAAUACAAACAGAGGAAUCACUUGCUACUUCGGCUGAUUCUGAAUGCUCAAGAAUAGCAAGCCAAUCAUAUGCUCGAGAAUAUGAGUCGAUUCGUCUACAAGAAAGUAGUAAUGCUUAUAUGUCUGCACCACUCUCACCAUGGCUUGCUCUUCUAGAAGACCGCGAGUAUACGAUUUGAUGAAUUUAUCAAAGAUAUGGCAUGUCUUAUGAUUACUCAACCACCCCUUCAUUCACUAUUUUCCUUUAGUUGGGGGCAGAGUUGUAUGUUGAAUCAUAUAUGUGACUUUUUAGUUGUAGUAAAUAUCGCUUUUUUUUUAUGUAAGAUUUUGGUUUGAUUCUUACUCAAAUCUUUCUUUUCCUCGCCUAUCAUGUAAAAAAAAAUAUGUUCUUGUUUUCCUCGUGUAUUCAAUCAUGUCAUGUUCAUGUAUGUUAUGUAAUUAGAGAGAUUGUUAACUAUAGGGUUUAGUUUUUUCUAAUGAAUUUCUCUCAACAAACUUUCUUAUGAUUUAAUUAAAUUUAUG